UCCAAACGACAAUAGCUAAUAAAACGAAAAAGCCUAUAACGUCUGUUUCCUUUAAACGACAUACUUUUAUCCCAACUCUUCAUCAAUAAUCAACACACAGAAGAACCCAAAAUACUACCUCAAAUCAAGAAAUUAGGGUUUUUCAAAACCAAAAUGUCGACGACAGGCAAGCCAAACGAUAGCAAUUUACAGGUAAUAGCACUGCCGGAGAAGCAAAAACCUGCUGUACCGCCGCGUUCACUUGUCCCGUCGGCUGGAAUAGCUUCGAACGCUCUUGUGGAAUACACGCCGCCGGUGUUCAAAGAAGAGGAGGAGGAUAUAGAACUUAAGCUCCGGAGAAUCAUUGACAAUGUUCCUGUUCGUGUCAGCAACACCUCCGGAAGUUCUGCAGGUUCCGGCUCCGGUGACUUUCAUCAGUAUCGACAAAUGAGGAGAAGAGAGCAAGACAGGCUUACAAGGAUGGACAUAGACUACCAGAAAAGAAAAGAAUUGGCUGAAUUUAAUAUGAGGAGGGAAGAAAGAUUAAAAGCUGCCGAAGAAAGAACCUUAAAAAAACGUCUGAAACGCCAAAAGAAAAAGCAGAAGAAAAAAGCGAAGACGAUGAAAUUGAACGCAGGUGGUGAAGAGCAGCAGAAAAAUGAAUCUUCAGAUGGUGACGGGAAUGACUCUGAUGGCAGCGAAGAAGCAGCAAAAGAAGAACCAGCAAUAAGAAUUAUGUUUCGGCCUCGUAGUUAAGCAAUUACUCAUCUGCCAGGCACAUUUGGAGAACUAGGAAAUGUAAUCAUCUGGAGAUCAGUUGAGAUCCUCGAAAUGGCAUCUAACUUUUAUCGACGUAAUGCCAGAAGAAUAUUUGCAAAACAUCGAGGAACUAUAGAUUAUUCAUGUAACAAAAUUGAUAUCACUCCGGACGACGAAAGCCCCAUUUUUUAUCGUUGCUAGAGCGAGUUCUCUAUUGCAAGUCAAUCUGUAAUGUAAUUAGUUAGUGAAUUUUUUUAUUUAGCAUGUUUGCAAUUACAACUUGAAAUUUAGACUUUGGUGACGUAUGUCAGAUACGAGCUAUUUUUUUGGAUGUCGGGAUAGUUAAAUAAUUUCUUAUGUAACUAGUAUUAUAUUUUUUUC